ACAGAAUUCUCUGCAGGAAAACACUCCUCCCCCCUGAGAAGAUCCCUCUGGGAGCAGAUGUGGGCAGUGAUGCUAUGAUUAGUGUGGGGCUGGUUUUAGUAAUCUCAUCCUGGCAUUUAAAAAAAUGUAAAUGGUGGGUCUCUUUAUGACUGUCAUCACUUCCCCCCCCCCCCGCAAAUCCUGACAGUGCUGGUGUGACUAUUGUACGAGAGCUUUAAAAGCCCACCCCAGUGGAGAGUAAGGCUUGUAAGAGACAAGAGAUGUUGUCUGAUGACUACUCAAAUGAAAUUAUCAUAGAGGUUGAGGAUAUUCUCCCUGGGGUCCAAAGUCAUCCAUCCUCAAAUCAGAGUGUUCGAGAAAUGGCACAGGUAAACUCAAGAGUCAGCAUGGUUUCAUCAUUAUCUGACGUCGAAGUGGUGGACUAUCAGACUUUCAGCAACAGGAAUGAAAAAAGGCGCAGCCAGUUGCUACAGUUUUCAACAUCUUUGAACAAUUCGAUGUCUCAGACCCUCUGUAGUCCAGAAUGCUUGGGCAUAGACACUUCUCAUUCUUCACAUGAAACCAUUCAAGGACAGAAGUUAAUUGCAUCUCUGAUACCCAUGGCAUCCAGAGACAGAAUUAAAGCCAUCAGGAACCAGCCAAGGUCCAUGGAAGAAAAAAGGAAGCUUAGGAAAAUAGUUGACAAAGAAAAAAGUAAACAAUCCCACCAUAUCUUUGAGUUCAACUGCUGUGCUCAGUGUCUGAACUCCAUUUCACGGGCUUACCAGAGAUCCCAUAACAGUCUGUCAGAACUCCUCAAUUCCAUCAGCCUGUGGCAGAAGACACUCAAGGUCAUCGGAGGCAAGUUCGGAACCAGCGUCCUCUCCUAUUUCAACUUUCUCAGGUGGCUUUUGAAGUUCAACAUUUUCUCCUUCAUCAUGAACUUCAGCUUCAUCAUAAUCCCUCAGUUUACAAUGGCUGAAAAGAACACUCUCCAGUUCACUGGAUGGGAGUUUCUCACUGGUGGGGGCUAUUUUAGGGACACAGUGAUGUACUACGGCUUUUAUACCAACUCUACGAUCCAGCAUGGGAACAGCAGAGCAUCCUACAAUAUGCAGCUGGCCUAUAUCUUUACCAUCAGUGCCUGCUUGAUCACCUGCUUCUUCAGUUUGCUGUUCAGCAUGGCCAAGUAUUUCCGGAACAACUUCAUUAACCCCCACAUUUACUCCAGAGGGAUCGCUAAACUUAUCUUCUGCUGGGACUUCACUGUCACUCAUGAGAAUGCUGUGAAGCUUAAACAGAAGAAUCUUAGCACUGAGAUAAGGGAGAACCUGUCAGAGAUCCGUCAGGAGAAUGUUCGGUUCACGGUCCAUCAGCAGCUGACCCGCUUCUUUGCCCACAUGGCAGCCUGGGUCGUCUCUACUGGAGGGGCCAUCGCCUGCUGUGCAGCUGUUUAUUACCUGGCCGAGUACAACUCAGAGUUCCUGAGGAUGCACAGGGACCCCGGGGCGGUGCUGCUACUGCCUUUCGUUGUGUCCUGCAUCAACCUGGUCGUGCCACGCUUCUACUCCUUGUUCAGGCUGGUGGAGAGGUACGAGAUGCCGCGGCGCGAAGUCUAUGUUCUUCUGAUUCGAAACAUCUUUUUGAAAAUAUCAAUCAUUGGCAUCCUUUGUUACUAUUGGCUCAACAUCGUGGCCCUGUCUGGCGAAGAGUGUUGGGAAACGCUCAUUGGCCAGGAAAUCUACCAGCUCCUUCUGAUGGAUUUUGUGUUCUCUUUAGCUGAUUCCCUCCUGGGGGAGUUUCUGAGGAGAAUCAUUGGGAUGCGGCUUAUCACAAGCCUUGGCAUACAGGAGUUUGACAUUGCCAGGAAUGUUCUAGAACUGAUCUAUGCACAAACUCUGGUGUGGAUUGGAAUCUUCUUCUGCCCUCUGCUGCCCUUUAUCCAAAUGAUUACUCUUUUCACCAUGUUUUAUGCCAAAAAUAUCAGCUUGAUGAAUUUCCAGCCUCCAAGCAAAGCCUGGCGGGCCUCGCAGAUGAUGACUUUCUUCAUCUUCUUGCUCUUUUUCCCAUCCUUCACGGGGGUCCUGUGCACCCUGGCCAUCACCAUCUGGAGGUUGAAGCCUUCAGAUGACUGUGGUCCCUUUAGAGGUCUGCCUUUCUUCAUUCACUCCAUCUACAGCUGGAUCGAUACCCUACGUACAAGGCCCAGCUACCUGUGGGUUGUUUGGAUCUACCAGAACCUCAUUGGAAGCGUGCACUUCUUUUUCAUCCUCACCCUAAUUGUGUU